UGGACAUAGCCAGAAGCAGAAGACGAUGGCAGGAGUUGUAUGUUGCAGAGCUGGCCUCGCUGCAAGGGGCCUCUACUGGCAGUAUGCGAGGACAGCGGGAAUUACUACCCUAUCCCUCCACAACCACAAGACUCCGCAGAGACAACAACAUCUUUCGCAAUUCAGCUCGCUUCGCACUUCCUCCAAGAGAGUGAGACAGCAGGGAGUAUGUCUGUCUGCCAGGGCCUUCCACACAACUCCGGCAGCGCACAAACUGGUUCCCUUUAUUCUGGCUGAUAUCGGAGAGGGGAUCAAGGAGGUCGUUGUCAGAGAAUGGUUUGUGAAGGAAGGGGACACAGUUGCCCAGUUUGACAGCAUUUGUGAGGUGCAGUCCGACAAGGCCUCGGUGACAAUCACUAGCCGCUAUGAUGGAGUCAUACGGAAACUCUAUCAUGAAGUGGAUGAUACCGCGCUUGUUGGAAAGCCUUUGGUGGAUAUUGAAGUUUCCAAAGAAGAUGAUUCUGUUGGAGCUGAGGUCCAAGAAGGGGAGGCCAUAGCUGUUGGAAGACCAGCUGAAGAUACAGCCAUAGGAUCGGGAGACUUCACAUUACCAAAGGGGAAGAUAUUGACAACACCAGCUGUGCGAAGAAUUGCCAUGGAACAUAAAAUCGACUUGUAUGACGUUCAAGGAACAGGGAAGGAUGGAAGGAUCCUUAAAGAGGAUUUAUUGCAAUAUUUAGAGGCCAGAAAGAGUGGAAAGAAAGCCCCCACCCCCUCUGCUCCAGCUCGACCUGUUGUGACAACGACACCAGACAAGCCAGUGCCUCCACCUGCAGCUGCUCCUCCCAAAGCACCCCCCAAGCUUCCUCCGUCCAUGCCAGUCAUUCUAGGCGAAGACAAGGAGGUCGCGAUCAAGGGCUUCCAAAGAGCGAUGGUGAAGAGCAUGACUCAGGCAAUGAAAAUACCUCAUUUUGGCUAUUGUGACGAGAUCGACAUGACAGCCUUGGUUGGACUACGCAAAGAGCUGAAAGCCAUGGCUGAAGUCCAUGGGGUUCGGUUUUCAUACAUGCCGGUUUUCAUAAAAGCAGCUUCCAUGGCCCUAUCCCAUUUCCCGGUUCUCAAUGCCUCAGUGGAUGAAAAGUGUGAAAAUAUUACCUACAAGGCUAGCCACAACAUUGGAGUGGCCAUGGAUACAAGUGAUGGCCUAGUCGUACCGAACGUAAAGGGGGUGCAAGGGCUCACCCUGCUAGAAGUUGCAGCAGAGUUAAACCGACUGCAGGAGCUAGGGUCACGGGGGUCCCUUAAGACACAGGAUAUUACCGGCGGCACAUUUACAAUCUCCAACAUUGGGACGAUUGGGGGCACAUAUGCAAAGCCUGUGAUUCUUCCUCCUGAAGUGGCCAUUGGUGCUAUUGGUAAAAUUCAGGUUCUGCCAAGAUUUGAUUCAUCAGGGAAUUUAACCAAAGCGCACAUAAUGCAGAUCAGCUGGUCAGCAGAUCACCGUGUCAUUGACGGGGCAACCAUGGCCCGCUUCUCCAAUCUCUGGAAGUCGUUCCUGGAAAACCCAGCUACUAUGAUUGUACACAUGAAGUAAUGGCAUUAGUAGACAUUUAGUGUCACUUGGAUGUAGGGAGCAAAUUACUUGUGCCACUUACUCUUGAUAUUUUUGUACUGCAGGUCGUCAGUGGGUAUAUAUCUGAUGCUUUAUGCUACCGUGCCAUUGCUUGUAACAUUAAGUGUUAUUCAGGUAUAUGAAUUUUAUUGGGAAAUCAGUAUAUAGCACCUCACACAAUUAUCCGCAAAGACUGUAUAUUGGUGUAAGUACUUAGUCUUUCCAAAGUUGGGUAUGGUUAGUGAAUGGAUUCAUCAGUAGAUUUUGAACGGUUGUAAAACUGUGGUAUGCUCGAUGCUCAACACUGCCACAUGCAAAAAAAAAAGCUGAGUGAAAUCAUAUUCAGGCAUUUCAAGUGCAAAUUUAAACAAAUAAGAAUAGUUCAAAGCUGUUGCUAUGGAUUCUGUGAAGAGUUCCCAUUAGGGUUAAUAUGUGAUAUGUUCUCAACAUUACAGUAGUUUGAUAGGCAGCAAUGACAUGUUCCUUCAGGCAUGGCAACAAGAUUGGGUAUCAACUUUGUCACUGAAUCUCUCAUUUUCAUAGAUACCGUUUUAUGCCUGGAGUUAUUUAGCAGUAUAGUUAUUGUGAUAGUCAUGAAUUAGAUAAAUAUUUUUAUAGGGGUAGUCUUAUGUAAAGUUUAGUCACGGCAUUUCAUUUUUUUUCCUUCCUCAUUUGUAUUUUCAUUUGGUAGCUUUCCAGUUUCUCCGAGGACACUCAUGUGCUUCUGAGGCAGUGUAUUUUUUCUAUUGCGAUUAACAAUUGUAAUAUCUUGCUGUUUUAGUUUUUGCUCAUAUUUAAUGUGUGAGUAGAUGAAUUGUACAAAUUCCUGAGAUUGUUGUUAGCAGUUAAAAAAUUCAUUAUUAAAAAAAAUUGGUUGGUAGUUCCUCUUAAUAAGAUGUACACAGAGUUGAUGAUUGUUUACAGGAAUUGUAGGGAUAGAUGUGUAAAUAAAUAAACACUUUUAGUACAAAA